AUGGUCAUUUGGCAGAUUAUUUAUUGGCAUCCCACUCAUCUUAUAGAUUGCCGAUGGGAUGAAGAUAAUGGAGUUUGUUGCCAUGAUCCACGGAUAGAUGGAGCGAUAUGCCUCAAGAUGUUUCAAUAUCUUCCUAGCGGUCAUUCACCUGGAAUGACACUCUCAAAGGCCGCAAGGUAUAUACCAUAA